ACUUUGCCUCUUCAUUUUCAAGAUGGACUCCGACCUGCUGGUAGCUCGCGAUGGAUGAUGAUGACGCUGCAGACGUGGAUACAGACAGCUACGAGGUGCUCUCCACCCACCCGUUCUGUCGCGGCCUGCGGAAGGAGGUGGUCCUGGCGAUAUCACGGGCCUCCAAGCGAUGGGUCUUCACCACACCGGGCCGGAUCAUUGUGCAGGAGGGGACCGUGAAAGCAGAACAUUCGUCCUUGUGGAUAGUGACUCGCGGUUCAGUGGAGGUGGCUGAAAGCGGUCAAGUACUUGGCACCUUGGAAACCUCCGGCAUCUUCGGUGACUCUGUGGCUUUUGGACGUUGUGACCAACAACCCUUCUCAGUGAAAGUUUUGCAACUUCCGGUCAUCGCAUGGUGCUUGCCAGCAGCUGAAUUGCAGCAAGUCUUGAGAUCACAUCCAGCAGCAGUUGCCAUCAUGGAUGAAUUCGUGGACCAGCAGGAGAAACGUGUGAUCUGGCCUCGAGUCUCUCGACUCAUCAUGCUAUCUCACACAGGUCCCAACUUCACCAAGCAACUGCUGAAGAAAGCGCUGGUGAAGCAUUUCAGGGCCUUCAGCACCAUUUGGUCACCUUACCAGACUCAGACCAGCAUGCGAGUGGUCGUUUGUGGCAAGGUUCUAGUUCAGAAGAAUACUCCUUCGGAUUUUGAACUCAAGUCAUGCCUGAGCAUGACGAUCAAUCCGGUAAAGGAGCGGAGAAAGACCGUGCAGAUCGGCGAGCCUGACAAAGUGGAGGUGGAUGAACUGCAUCACGUUCGGCGCUUGAGUGACCCUGAAGCCGUAUCUCCAACCUAUCUGGCGCAAGAACAUUUGCUCAGCAUUAGGAGCUCCUCAACGAUGGGGAAGGAUUUCAGUAUGGACCUGCCGGAUGAAGAUAUCGAGAGUAGCGACAGUGAAUUUGCUGCCUAUGAAGAAGAAAGUGAGGAAGAAGAAGACUCUUCUGCCUUGAGCGGCAGUCAGAGCGAAGAUUCUGAGGAAGAGAAUGUCUAUGAGUUGCCAGAAACUCUAGCACAUCUUCAACCAUCGGGCCAGAUACAGGCCAAAGCCGGACCGCAAUGCUUGGCCUUCAACGAAGCAGCGCUCAUAGGUUAUGACAUGAACGAUCAGGAGCAAUACCGGACCAUCACGGCGCUGACGGACUGCAUCGUUUGCGAUAUCUCACAGGAGUCAUUCCAAGAGGCCAUCCAGCGAGCUCCGCGUGAAAAGAAACGCUUCAACUUGUUGGCAGCAGCACGGUACAAGGAAUGGGAAAGGUGCGGCAUCCACAAGCUCACCACUGUAGAGGUACUCUCCAAGUGUUCCAAAGAGUUCCUCUCGGAUCUCGCACAACAAACCGUGCCGGCACUGUUCUUUCACGGCGCUGACAUGAUGGAAGACACCAAAGAUGGCCUUGUUUUUCUGAUGAGUGGCCAUGCAGAUCGCAUUUCCAAUGACCACAAGCGCUACAAGAUUCAAGCCCCCGAGAUUCUGAGCAAGAUCCAUUGGCUGGGGGAUCAGUCCAUCGAGUUGGCUGCCAAAGUGAAAGCCAAGGAAGUUUGCCAAACGUUGUACUUACAACGCUCCCAGUUAUUGGGCCUCUUAAGCUCUCAUCCUCACCAAACUGCGGUCAUUGUGGGUGAGGCCACACGUUUAAACGCUCGGAAACCGACUUCACGAGUGGCCAAGGUUGCUCGUGGCGGGGAGAAUCAGCUCUUUUGGUAUUGCCCUUUUUGCGAGAACUUGGGUGCCCACUUCUUGUCAGAGCUCAUCAACAGUAUGGAAUGCUUCAAGCUGAUUCCCGGGCAGCAUUUGUUUCGCAACCUCCAGAGUGCUUCAGCUGAUCUCAUGGUCGUUCUGACCAAGGGAAAGGUCAGGACAGGCGAGAAGUCCCUGUCGGCACCUCGAAUUAUUUGUGGAUUCGACAGAUGCUCGGAAUGA